CAUACAUUGCCCCUUGAAAUGACGUUUCCACCUCUUCCUGCCUAUAAUCUGUCAUCUGGCAGGUCUCAAGCUGAACAUCGCAACAAAACUGAUAACUCGUCAUCUGCGAUAAUGCAGGUUCCCUUGAUCCGCCUCCAAUGCGGGGUAAAUAGCUACGAUUGGGGUAAGGUUGGCAACGACUCUGCUGCCGCCAGGUUCGCUGCUGCUACGCCAUCCGAUUUCUCGAUUCAGGAGGAGAAGCCAUACGCAGAGCUAUGGAUGGGAACUCACCCCUCCAACCCUUCGAAGGAUCUCACCACCCAACGAACCCUGCUCGACCUCGUCCAGGACAACCAAGCUCUUCUCUCUAAAGAUAUAGCGGAGAGAUUUGGAAACAAGCUGCCCUUCCUCUUCAAGGUCCUCUCAGUAGGAAAGGCAUUGAGCAUCCAAGCCCACCCCCACAAGAAGCUCGCGGAAGAGCUGCACAAGAAGGAUAGCAAGAACUAUCCCGAUGACAACCACAAGCCAGAGAUGACCAUUGCAAUCACAGAAUUUGAUGGCCUCUGCGGAUUCAGGCCUCUGGCAGAGAUUGCCCACUUCCUGAAGACCAUCCCAGCUCUGAGGGACAUCGUUGGGGACUCCGAAGCUGCCGCGUUUGAGUCCGCCAUCAAAGGCCAAGACACCUCCACCGAGCCAGCCGCCGAAACACAAAACAAAAAGGCCCUCCAGAAGCUCUUCGGAACCCUGAUGAACUCCACCCCCGAAGCCGUCACCAAAGCCUGCGACGCCAUCGUCCAAUCCGCCUCCUCGGAAGGCGCCUCCUUCGCCUCCGGCGGCCUCCCCUCCACCUCUGGCGAAACCCUCGCCACGCUUGUCGCACGCCUCAACUCCCAAUUUCCCCAAGACAUCGGACUCCUCGUCUUCUUCUUCCUCAACUACGUCCAGCUAUCCCCCGGCGAAGCCAUGUUCCUCAAAGCCGACGACAUCCACGCCUACCUAUCUGGCGACAUCAUCGAGUGCAUGGCCGCCUCCGACAACGUCGUGCGCGCAGGUUUCACGCCCAAGUUCAAGGACGUGCCUACCCUCGUUGACAUGCUGACGUACUCGUAUGCCCCUAUCGAGGAGCAGAAGAUGGAGCCGCAGGACUACGCGUACGCGACGCUCAACAGCACCGCCUACACAUCGUCGAGCCAGGCGAUGCUGUAUAACCCCCCAAUCGACGAGUUCAGCGUCGUGAAGGCGGAUUUGAGGCGUAAGGGCGCGAAAGCGACGUUUGAGGCGAUCGCGGGGCCGAGUAUUGUGCUGUGCACGAAAGGGAGCGGGUAUAUUGUGGUUGGGCCGACGAUUGAGGAGAUCAAGGAGGGGUAUGUGUAUUUUGUUGGCGCAACGGCGGAGUUGGUGUUGGAGAAUAAUGGGGAGGAGGAGUUUACGUGCUUCAAGGCCUUCUGUGAACUGGAGAACAACGCGGAGGAGGCAGCGCACACCGAGAAAGAGAAGUUAUAGACAAGUUCUGUUUUCUUGCUUCGUAAACGAAUGCAACGCAGCGGCUUUGGUAGAGAGAUUACCCAUCAAAAAUGUAUACAAUAAAUGAAAAGUCAGAU